AUAACUCUGCGCAAUUACAUGGGCGAUUACUGAUAUCGAUUCUGAAGACCUUGUUACCAAUCCUUUGGCGCGUGCGGCUUUUUAAUUCACACACUCCUACCCUCUUCUUUUCUGGGGUCGCACGCUUUACAAGUCACACUUACCACAACUCACGUUCGAUGUCUAACUUACGAGAAGAAAUGACCGCAUAUCGAUGGUUUCCUGGGGCGCAGACGUUGACUAAAGCUGGAAUAUCAGUCCCCGAACCUGCAGCCGAUGAAGUGUUAGUGAAGAUUCUGGCUGCAGGAAUGUGCCACUCUGAUAUGCUAUAUUACGACAAUUCAUUUGAACACACCAAGACAAAACCAUUCACUAUGGGCCAUGAAGGCGCGGGCGAAAUAAUCGCUCUCGGUGAAUCCGUACUGUCUACAUAUGCAGACCUUCAUUUGAAUCAAUACGUCGUCAUCCAUGCCCGGAAUCCGUGCCUCCUGUCCAGUUGUCCGGUUUGCUCUAUCGAUGCGGACAAUCUCUGCGCACGAUAUUUUCCUUGUGGUCUUGGUAUCGACGGCUCUUACGCUCCGUAUAUGGUUGUACGUGCUAGAGCUAUUGUUCCGGUCAACGCUACGAAGGAUGAAAUCCCACCACCGUUGGCAGCAGUUUCUACAGAUGCAGUGUUAACGAGCUAUCAUGCGAUGAAGGAUCUGAGAGCAGGGGAGACAGUUUUAGUUAUGGGGGUUGGGGGAUUGGGCAUCAACGCAGUUCAGAUUGCCAAAAAUCUUAAGAGAGCACAAACCGUGAUUGCAGUAGAUCUGCGCGAUGAGAUGCUUCAGGAAGCCCUUGAAGUUGGUGCAGACUAUGCUGUGAAGCCCGAAGACCUAGGGCCCUUGCUAUACAGCCACAACCUCAACGUUGACACUGCAUACGACUUCGUUGGUAUAGGGCCUACGUUUAAAUCAGUUCUUGAGCAUAUUCGUCCUCGAGGUACUAUUAUUAUUGUUGGUCUUGGUGCAACUUGCCUCGAACUGCCGCUGGUUCCUGUAACUAGGAAAGAGGUGACAAUUAAGACAAGCAUGUGGGGAACUAAGAAGGAACUAGAGGAGGUUUUAGCUAUUUUGAAGGAUAAAAAGGUCCGGCCUGUGAUUGAGACGAGGCCUUUGGUACAGGCUUUGGAAGCAUUUGAGGACUUGAGAAACUCAAAGUUGAAGGGUCGAGUGGUACUGGUACCAUAAAUACAUGUCAAAAAAUUCCUUCUAGCCGACUUGAACGACUGACCUCGUCAUUUAUUGCACACUACUAGUGACGCGCUCUACCAACUGAGCUAAGAAGGACUGGC